AUGUCGACCUUUUCGAAUAUCUCGUCACUUGGCCUUGAGGCAUGCUACCGGCAUCAUGUUGGCACUUCUCCCAAUGCUACUGCGGUAGUGGAUGGAGACCAAUCCAUGACAUAUCGAGAGCUCGACACCCGUAUCAAUCAUCUGGCCUCAAUUCUAGCUCGGGAGAACAUUGAAAAUGAGGAGCCAAUUGGUAUUCUCGUGCCGAUGGGCAUUGCACAUGUCGUAGCCCAAGCGGCUGUGCUGCGCUUGGGAGGAUCUUGUGUACCCAUGGAUCUGUCAUUCCCCGACCAGCGCAUUAAUGACCUUCUACGUGCGUUGAAAACACGCAUUGUCCUCACUGUUCAGAGCGAGAAGGCUCGCUUUGCGGAGUUUCAGACCAUACUGGUGGAUUCCAGGUACGCCAACGUGCACCAAAAUGGAUACCAUGAUGACAGGGUCGCUGCUAUCGACACCGGUUGCGAUCACCGGACUCAUAUCCUGCACACGUCAGGGACAACAGGCCUGCCCAAACCGGUGGAGAUCAUGUCGAAGGGGAUCACGCGAAUGGCCUUCAACACGCAGUGUGUUGAGUUCAAAAGCACGGAUCGCGUCGCUCAAAUUUCCGCGCCCAGUUUUGAUGCCGCCCUGUUUGAGAUAUGGACCACUCUUGCUCGAGGGGCCGCAAUUGUUCUUCUUCCAAAGAACGUCGUGAUCGACCCUGUCGCCCUCCAUGACAGCAUACGCAAAUACCGCAUCACCUCCAUCUUGGUCACCACUGCACUGUUGAACCAUGUUGUGUCCGCUAUUCCUAAUGCGUUUGAGGACCUGGAUUAUGUGCUCACUGGCGGUGAGGCAGCGAAUCCCAGUGUCAUGCAAGUGAUAUUGGAGAAUGGUCCCCCGAAGAAGCUUGUCCACGCCUACGGUCCAACCGAGUGCACGAUUAUCACAACGUACCACCUCACGACUUUGGAGGAGGUUCGCCGGGGCCAGACGCCUAUCGGGAAGCCAUUGGACAAUACCACUGUAUACAUCCUCGAUGAUAACCUCCAACCUGUCAAGCCAGGCAUUGUCGGUGAACUCUAUAUCGGUGGUGAUGCAGUUGCCCGCGGUUACCUGGGGCGCCCAGAGGCAAAUGCCAAGAGCUUCGUAGCAGUAUCCCAUUUAUCGAAGGACGGCUCACACGUUCGCCUCUACCGAUCAGGGGAUCUAGUUCGCAUGCUUGACACCGGCGCCAUCGAGUUUGUGGCUCGUGCGGACAACAUGGUGAAGAUCCGUGGAUUCCGCAUCGAACCAGCGGAGAUCGAGGGGGCACUCCUGAAGAGCGAGAUGGUCCAGGGUGCACUUGUGUUACCCGUCCAUCGUCCAGGAAAAGAGACAUAUAUUGUGGCCUUUGUCAUUCCCAAGAAUCAUGGUGAAUUUUCUCUAGAGCAGCUGGACGAGUAUCUGCGGCGGCGGCUACCAGCAUACAUGAUGCCUCGGUUGGAGGCUGUCACAUCCCUACCCUUGACGGUCCAUGGCAAGAUCGACCGUGUGGCGGUCAUGAACAAGCACAUGGAAGAAACGAAGAAGGCCGAGCAGCAGGUUCUUAUAUCCUCCAACGCCAAAGAUGCCGGAGACAGUUUAAGAUGGUUGCGCACACUGUGGACAUCCGUGCUCGGCAUUAGCAAUAUUGACAACGAUAGCAAUUUCUUUCAUCUGGGAGGGAGCUCACUUCAGGCCGCCGCGUUGCUGGUCCACGUGCGUCGGCGCUUCGGCCUGACGUUGACUAUGCAGCAAAUCUACGACUGUCCCACCCUUCUUGGCCUCGCCAGCGUGAUUGAUGCUGGUCAUGCUAGAAGCAAAGUGGACCACUCCCGGCUCGGCAUCUUCAUCGCCGACUCUCAGUUAGCGAAGGACAUCCCUGUUCUGUCCAAAGACGCUCCGGAUUGGCGAAGCCCCUCGGAAGGUAGGGUGUUCUUGACCGGAGCAACCGGGUUCCUUGGAACGUAUCUCCUGCGUGAGUUGAUCGACCGCCCGGAUGUCAAAAGCGUCCAGUGCCUGGUUCGUGCUUCGGACGCGCAUUCUGCCCGGACACGACUUCUCGGAGCCCUGGACAAAUACGGGCUGGGAUGGGGGCACAAUCUGGAUAAGGUAACAGCUAUUGCAGGAGACCUGGGCAAGGAUUUGUUCGGACUGUCCGAAACUGAAUUCCAUGAAUUAGCCCUUUGGAGUAGCGUGAUCUUCCACAUCGGCGCACAUGUGAACUACGUCCAGCCGUACGAGAAGCAUCGUAACACUAAUGUUUAUGGAACUUUGAGCUGCAUCAAGCUUGCGACGACUGGACGCACCAAGGCUCUUCAUUAUACAUCGACAGCCGCCGUCACAGGACCAGUGUCGCACUUCACAGGUGCAAACAACAUCCUAGAGGACGUCGACCUCGGUGAGUUCCAGGGUUGGCUGCCCUAUGAUAUCGGCUACACACAGAGCAAGUGGGUCUCGGAGCAAUUGAUUCACUCCAUGAUCGCCAAGGGCCUGCCGGCGAUUGUAUUCCGGCCGGGCUUUAUCAUGGGGGACAGUGUUCGCGGCAAGGGGAACUGUGAUGACUUCAUGUGCCGGGUGUUUAUCGGCUCUAUCAAGUUGGGGUGUCGUCCCAUUCUCCCGAACCAAAGCAAGAUCAUGAUUCCUGUUGAUUUUAUCACGACGGCGCUCCUGCAUAUCACCUCGAACCCCAACAACUUCGGGCGGACUUUUCACCUGGUGCCACAAACGCCCGAGGAGGACACGGACAUUGAAACCUCGUGGGACAUGCUGAAGGACCUAGGGUAUGACCUGAAGCCGGUGGAGUACAAAGAUUGGUUGGAGAUCCUAUCGAAGGACAAGGACCUGCUUACCAAUCCAUUGUUGCCUAUGUUACCGGUGCUGCAGGAGCCAGUGCGGAAGCAUCUGACGCGAUGGGAGCUUUACGAAGACAUGGCCACUUACGAUGUGACAAAUACCAGACAGGCGCUAGCGGAUUGUGGAAAACUAAAAUCUGGCAUUGGGCUGGACGAUCUACGUCGACAUGCUGAGGACUGGGUCGCUCGUGGACUGGUGCCUUCAAGGAAAUAG